CUCUUCAGAUAUUAUUCUUUCACAAGAAUUAAAUUUUAACUCAUCGAUGAAAAAUCCUAUUUCUAAGUUACGUUACCCGGACUCGAUUAAAAGUGUCCGACAUAAACAUGUAUUCCAGUUUUGAACUUGAUAAUAUUUAAGUAUACUAUGUCCAAGUGUCAAUGACAUUGACACUCGAGGCAAAAUAAAAAGUCGGAAUAAUUUAACUUCUUAGCUAAUAUUUCCUGAUAAUUCCGGUUUCUUCAUGUUCUGGGAAAAACUUCUUGAUUUGAUUAAAGUCUGAAGUAAUUUUCUGGAGUUUUGAACUUUUCAAGAACCAGAUGAAUAUUGAAGUCCAAAUAAUGUGAAUGAGGGGACAAGAACCGAGUUGUGCGCUUACAAUGUCAGUAGAUUACUUGGUACCUCGAAGCUGUCAGAUUCAUCUCCACGAUUCUCUGAGUUCCUCACCCGAAUCAUCUUUCAAUCAACAAAUUUCUUUUAACUAAUCAUACUUUCCAGUUCCCACGUUCUCAGCUCUCAAGAUUCCGCGAGUACCUCUUAAGUACUUAUAAUUUUCCAAAUGUGCUCAGUUUCAUGCUUAAUUGUUUUUAGCCUCUAGUUAAUCAUGAUUAACCCUCUCCCAAUCAUUGUGAUUACGGCAUUCUUAAGGCUAUCGCAAUCGAAUUAAAUUAGCUUCUCUGAGUCUAACAAGGUUUGAAAGGGUGGUGUUAGUUUAAUCCCCUAAUGCAUGUACUUGGUCUAACUAUGAGCUGUAGAGUGGACUCCUGGAGUUUUACAAACAAAUGUUUCUUUGUUUAGUACAGCAUUAGAAAUGUAUGAAUUUAUCGCAAUUUUAUAAUCCAAGUCAAUUUGUGUACUAAUUCUUCUGUAAUUCUACACUAUAAAUAAGUUCUCACUUCUGUUUUAAGUCAAAUCAUAUUAAGCAUCUCUCUAAUUAGCAGCAUUGUCACUAAAUAUCUGCAUUUUUUUUUCUUAUUAGUACAAUGGAGUCUGUGAGAGUUUUUCAGAGUGAAGAUUUUGAUUUUCUGAACAAAAUGUUAGUGUUCGACGAAGAAGCUGAUCCGGCUUUGCAGUUCCUGCCGGGUUAUGGAACUCCUGCAGAUCUCUGGCCUUGUACUGAAGCCAAUGCUAAUGCAAAUUUUGCAUUUUUCGAUGAAAGUUUUAACACUAAUUUCUGUUUUUCUCAAGAAAACACUAAUAUUGGUACUUAUAGUAAUAACUAUGGUGCAUGUUUUCCCCAUCUAAGCCAAGAAACUCCCCAGUUUUGUGAUUCUAACCUCAUCAUGAGUGACAUUCCUGAGUCCAUGCGUUUUUGUGAAAUGGACAGACCAAACAACACACCGCAAUUUUUUCCCGGUGAUCAUGUCAUGCAUGAUGCUGUGAACCUGAAAGUAGAGAUGACAAAUGCAGAGUUAACCGACUUAGGCCUUAAGAGGAAGUUUGAAGUGCCACAACAGCCUGAAGCUGUGUUAAAUGCAGAGAAUCCGAAGAAAAAAUGCCGUGUUCCAAGAGAUAUAUCAACAUGCAAGAAGGUUGUGCAGGCUAAGAGGAAUAGGACUGUCGCUCAAGUUGUCAGCAUCGAUGAAGAUAACACUUGUAACGGUCCAGUUGCACAGAGUUCUAGCAGCUAUAGCUCGGGAGAUGAUUCCAAUACUUCCCAAGAGCUUAAUGGCGGAGCAACCUCAGAUUCUAAAGGCUCUGUAGCUCUCAAUUCGGGCAAAAAGCCAAGAGCUGGUAGAGGAGCUGCAACUGAUCCCCAGAGCCUCUAUGCUAGAAAGAGAAGAGAGAAAAUAAACGAGAGACUGAGAAUCCUGCAAAACCUUGUCCCUAAUGGAACAAAGGUUGACAUUAGCACAAUGCUCGAAGAUGCUGUCCAUUAUGUGCAAUUUUUGCAGCUUCAGAUCAAGUUAUUGAGCUCCGAUGAAAUGUGGAUGUAUGCACCUAUUGCUCACAAGGGGAUGGACAUGGGUCUCUACCAGAACAUUUCUCCGACCCUGUGAUCUUGCAGAUCGGACUUUAUUAAUUGUAACUAUUCAUUAGAAAUUAAUGAUUGUUUGGAAAAAAGAGAGAGAACAAUAUACUCUAUAGAGGCGCAUGUAAACUUUCUGGAUCAAGGGACAAUUCUAUAUUUUGAAUGACAAUAAAUU